GCAGCUGGUCUCUAACGGUCCUGCUGGUGGUCCCCUCCCCCACUCGCUGGCUGCUGUGGGAAGAGACAGGAGCCGAGGAGGAGGGGGAAGCCGCGCAGCCACCGCCACGGACACCGGGAGCGGGGACGCCGCCGCCGCCGCCGGGGAGACCAGCCACAGUCUCGUUCACCCGCAGAAUUGUGGAAUGCUGUGAAGACUCUAAGUGCCCUGCAGCAUUAGGCAGAUUACUAUCUGGAUUGUCUUCAGCACAACGAAAUUCAUAUACAAGAGAGUUCUCAGUCUUCCACGAUGAAUCCUGUUUACAGCCCUGUUCAACCUGGGGCUCCCUAUGGAAACCCUAAGAACAUGGCCUAUACAGUAUAUGGGCACCUUCAAAAUCAAAGUGCCAUAUCUCCAUCCCUUCCGAUGCACUGCUGGAUGUGUAGAGGUUAUCCAACUGGGUAUCCCACAGCUGCCCCUGCCUACAAUCCGAAUAUGUAUCCAACCAGCAGCCCUGGCUAUGCCCCAGAGUUUCAACUCCUGCAUUCAGCUAAUGCUACACUUCUGAUGAAGCAGGCCUGGCCACAGACAUCCUCCUCUUGUGCCACAGAGGGUACCUUUCACCUCCCAGUGGACACUGGGACUGAGAACAGAACUUACCAAGCUUCAUCUGCAGCAUUCAGGUACACCGCUGGGACUCCAUACAAGGUCCCACCUACCCAGAGUAACAAUGCACCACCUCCCUAUUCUCCAUCUCCAAAUCCUUACCAAACUGCUAUGUACCCAAUCAGAAGUGCCUAUCCACAGCAGAACCUGUAUGCCCAGGGAGCUUAUUAUACACAGCCUGUGUAUGCGGCACAGCCUCAUGUCAUCCAUCACACCACCGUGGUUCAGCCAAACAGCAUUCCGUCUGCUAUCUAUCCAGCCCCUGUUGCUGCACCUAGGACUAAUGGUGUGGCCAUGGGAAUGGUUGCUGGGACUACCAUGGCAAUGUCAGCAGGAACCCUGUUGACCACUCCACAACACACUGCAAUUGGAGCACAUCCAGUUUCUGUGCCAACGUACAGGGCUCAAGGAGCCCCUACCUACAGCUAUGUACCUCCGCACUGGUAAACGUGAUGGCCAAUCCAUAUCUGGAGUCAAACAUUGUAUGCAACUACUCAAGUCUUACAUCGGUGCUGGAGCGACUGUACCACAGCACCACGUCUGUUUGCAAGAACAAAACAAAAAGUGCAAGGGUCACUUUAUGCAUUCUUUAGUGUUUUUUGUAAAAGCUGCUUUUUCUAAUCUUCUGUCUCUGUUUUUUUCCCUCUUCUCCCCCCAGUCCCACCCAAAUUAUGUAUGACACUGAGCAGUAGCCAAGUUCUCUCUUUGGUCCUCUCAUUUUUAAAGCUCAGAAUAUUCACUUUUCUAUGGUGCCCCGUUCAGUGGUGCAAAGAUCCCUGUUGGCUGGUUGGUUAGUUACUUUUUGUUGUCGCCGAGAGUCUGUUUUAUUUGACUGUUAAGAGUGAUUGAUGUUCAGGGUACUAUGUGAAAAGCACAGCAUUGGUAGGCAAGUUUCUUCCAGUUUGGUUUCUUUUUUCAUUUGUUUGCUUAAUAAUAUAAAUUAUUUAAUUUUCCAUAACACAUUACAAGAAAAUUGGUGUCUUCCAGAUAGGUGUUGUGGUAGGCUAUAAUUCAUUCUCCGCAUUUAAAUACUGACCUCAUUCCUUCUUCUGUAGGAUUAAGGGAAUAUAAACCUUCUUAGCAGCAUCACACACUUGUCUUCGGAAACAGAAAGACUGUUCACCACCGGGGUUUGUCUGCUUUUUAAAACUGGGGGCAUAUACUCCAUACAAUGAGAACAAAGAGAUGGAAGGGAGAUACACACUGCCGUAGGAAUUGAAUCUUGUUGGGCAAACAAGUCACCUCCUGUGCCGGUCCCUGUUAAUUUCACUGUGUAACAGACAGCACGGUUCCUUUCACUUGCUAACACAGAUGUACAGUGGGCAGUUGUAAAAGGAAACAAAGGGAUUUCCAGUUGUUAGUCGUAAUAGCCUCCCCAGGGGCCAGUGAUUUGGGAAGAGAGGUGGAGAAGCUGGUGGAGAAGAGUGUUUAAGGUCGAGCUAGGGAGAAUAUAGGUCUGCUUUGCCCUGCAUCCACUCCAGGUACAGAGACACCAGUGUGAGGUUGGUGGCUACAUCAAGACCUCUGUUUUUUAGUUCAAACUCACUUGGGUGCAAUUUGUAUCAUGAUAUAACUUGGGUUCUAAAGCAGAUGAAAGUGUCUCCAGUCACUUUGAUUGCUUAUUGAGCUCAACUGCUGUACCACUGGGCAGAUCACAGCAGUAAAUCGGAGUGCCCGUCUUGUUUCUUUGAAUACAAUUUAACUCCAUAGUAGUCACAAGGAGAGCUUUAGCUGAACACAGUUUCUUACAUUGUAGGGAAUAAUAGCAUUAAAAGGCCUGCACCAGUGGAUGGGAUGAUACAGGGUGCUAGAGGUCACACCGCUUUGAACAGAAAAGAAUAGGAAAUAUGGUGACUAACAUGAAGCAAUAGCAAUAAAUUUGUUGCCUUACUAGCUAAAAGGCACUUAACUGGAGGAGAUGGAAAAAUGAGGGCAAUCAGUCUUUUAGUUUGGUUUAGAAACUAAAGGCAACAGGCUUGCACAGCCAGUGGGAUGUAAGCAAGUCCCUGGUUUUUUAACCCUGGAAUUACCAAAAGGAAGAGCUGGUGUCGGUUCCAUUUUGUUGGCUAUUUGUGAGGUAUCUGAGUAGAGCAAUAAAGUUUUGUGGAGGGAAGGAGGCAAGAAUACAAGUAUUUAGAAAUGAGGGGGAAGGUACCUAUGACUUAUUUUUCGGUUAUUAUCCCAAAACACAGUACACAAGACAGGGGAGGGUUUGUUCAGUGUUUUGUUUUGGUAGAGAAAAAUGUUGUGUGUUUUUCUCAGGCUGUGCCAACAGAGCUCAAUUCACCCAAGGGUGUGUCUGCAGCUCUGAUUUCUCUGGGCCUCCAGUACAAUGGUAGAGGGCCAAUCUAGAGUCAUUUUUU